GUAGCGACCUAGCAAGCUGCACAUUUUCAUCAUGAGUUUGUUUGCUGCUACGUGUAGGUGCAUUUGGACCAAAUUACCAAAAUUCAGCCAAUCACUGAACUUGAAAGGGUUCGACUGGACAAGCUAGAACCGGAUUUACUACUAUAAGAAAGGAGGGGUCAAGUAGCUGAAGCCAAGAACAAUGGCAGAAGGUUUGAUACUAGUUGUGCUUCAAAAAAUUGCAACUACUUUAGGUGGAGCUGCACUGAAUGUAAUUAUGUCCAAAUUGGGGAGAGAAGGCAACAUUUUACUUGAAGCAGAGAACAGCAUGAAGGAAAUUGAGACUGAAUUCGAAAUAAUGCAAGCGUACAUAAGUCAAGUAGAUCCAUACAGCGAAAAUGACAAAGUUCUCAAAUCCUGGCUGAAGAAUGUAAGAAAGAUAGCAUCUGAAGUUGAGGAUAUCAUUGACCAAUAUGCAUUUCUCCUCGGGAAAAUGGACAAUGCAGAAAGCUUCAUGGAGAAAGUGUUCCGACGUUCAGAAAAUGUCAAGGCCUGGAGUAAUAUUUCUGCUCAGCUAAAACAAGUAAAAGCACGCCUUCAAAGUCUAACAACUAUGAAAGAGAGAUAUUGCAUCACAGUAUCUGGACUUGGUGGUGAACCAUCGAGCCACAAUAUCACUCGUCAGGAUUACCUGUCUGAUUCUUCCUACUUAAACGAUGAUGAUGAUGGGGUAAUCGUAGGAAACGAAGAUGAAGCAAAGAAGUUGACACAAUACAUAAAUGAUGAUGAUAAUAUGGAUCGCACAUUUAUCUCCAUCUUGGGUAUGGGAGGUUCAGGCAAAACAACCAUUGUGAGAAGCAUCUAUAGGAAACAAAAAGUAACGAAGAAUUUCGAUUGUUAUGCCUGGAUCACAGUAUCACAAAAUUAUCAUGUCGAAGACCUUUUGAGUAAAGUCAUAAAGCAACUUCAUAACUCAGAUGAACAUGGUACAACUGAUCACACAUAUUUUGCCGAGAGGAUCCAUAGUUAUCUCACGAACAAGAGAUACCUUAUUGUUUUGGAUGACAUGUGGAACAGAGAUUUUUUGUUAUUCUUUGAUCGAGCAUUGGUGAGGAACAAGUGCGGAAGUAGAGUCAUCAUUACUACUCGAAUAGAAGCUGUUGCAUCAUUAGCUCAGCAGAACCAUACUAUCAGAAUUGGCCUUCUUUCACAGAGAGAAUCAUGGAAACUUUUCAGUAAAAAGGCAUUCUCAAAGCUUGGCAAGGAAACAUCAACUUGCCCUCAAGGUCUUGUUCAGUGGGCAAACAAAAUCUUGGAGAGAUGCCAAGGCCUGCCCCUUGCUAUUGUAGCCAUAGGGAGCCUUCUAUCCUACAGAGAAAUGGAGGAGCAAGAGUGGAGACUAUUCUACAAUCAACUUAAUUGGCAACUAACAAAUAACCCAGAACUCAACUGGGUAUCGAGCGUUCUGAAGUUAAGUUUGAAUGAUCUUCCAAGCCACUUGAGGAAUUGCUUCCUGUACUGUGGGUUAUUCCCUGAAGAUUACCAAAUACGACGGAAUUGGAUAAUCAGAUUGUGGGUAGCUGAAGGUUUUGUGGAAGAUCGAGGAACAGAGACAGCACUGGAGGAAAUAGCUGAGGAGUACCUCAAGGAACUUACUCGGCGCUCAUUGAUUCAAGUAACUGAAAGGAAUGAAUUUGGACGACCAAGAAGGUUUCAGAUACACGAUCUUGUCAGAGAAAUGACACUGACCAUAUCAAGAAAGGAGAGGUUUGGUCAUAUAUGUAAUCAGCCAGAUGUAACAUACAUUGGCGAUGUAGCAAACCGUAUAUCGGUGCACAGUGGAGGCCAAGUCUAUCAGCCAGGUCCAUCUUCACAGCAUCUGCGCUCAUUUUUAUUGUUUGACAAACAUGUGCCAAUUCAAUGGAUCAACACUGCUUCAUCGAAUUUCAAACUGUUAAGAGUCCUGUGCCUCAGAUACUCCCUCCUUGAGGUCAUUCCAGAUGCCAUAACUGGUUUAUUCAAUCUGCACUACCUUGAUUUCUCUCGUACUAAAGUGAGGACAAUAGCAAAAUCAGUGGCAAGGCUCAAGAAAUUACAGACAUUGCAUCUCAGGUUUGCCCGUGUGAGGGAGUUGACGUCUGAAAUAACAAUGCUCACAAACCUCCGGCACUUGUCUGUGAGUAAUGAUUUGUAUGGCACAUCGAUUUCUGGCAAUAUCCGCAGUCUCAAGCACUUGCAGACUCUUCGAGAGGUGAAAGCCAACAAAGAUUUGGCUCAAAAUCUUGGGUACCUGACACAACUAAGAAGCUUGGGCAUUACAGGAGUCCAACAAAGCUACAACGAAGAUCUCUGGGCUUCCAUCAGGAAGAUGACUGUCCUUACAAAGUUGGCAGUCGCAACUUCUGGUGGAAAAGAAGUCCUUGACUUGCAAAACUUGAGAUCACUCAAGAAUCUUGAGAAGUUAUACUUGACUGGCAAGUUGGCAGAAGGAAUGCUUUUUCCAACAUCUGAUGGUUUUCAGAAGCUUAAGGUCCUAACAAUGCGGUGGUCUGGGCUAAUAAGAGACCCCUUAAGUUCCAUAUGUCAAAUGGUAAACCUUGUUUAUCUUAACCUUUAUUGUGCAUAUGAUGGGGAAUCCUUGGUAUUCUGUUCUGGAUGGUUUCCAAAGCUCAAGCAACUCUACCUUGGCAAACUGGAGAAUUUGAGGUCAAUUCAGAUAAAUGAUGGCGCCAUUACAAACUUAACAUACCUAGAACUUCAUGAGCUGCGCAAUCUGAAAAAUGUUCCUGAAGGCCUUACAAAUCUUAGGCUGCUUCAGCACUUGUAUGCUCAAAAGAUGCCAGGAGAGUUCGUGGAGAAACUGGAGGGAAGUUGCCGGGGCUUUGUUCAGCACAUUGCCAACAUUAAAUGCAUGUGAUAUGCUCUCUUCAGUCCUCGUAAUAAUUAUAUUUGGUUUCUGUAGUUGGUUCGUUACUCCUUGUGGCCUGUCAUGUAGGAGGGUUGUUUUAUUUCGGACAUCUACUUUCUUGUGUACUGUUAAAAAACAGGAUGCCACAUUUUGUCCAAUAAUUUGCUAAGAGUUGUAAUAAGAGAGGACAGUGACAACCAGUUCCAAAUGACGACAGCCAGUCCCAGGAUACUCCUAGUUACAUGCCCACACUUUAUUUC